AUGUUGACUUUGCACAAGACUCGCCAAUUGCGCGUCUUGUCCGCACUGGUGGUCGGUUCCAUAGUGUGUUGCGCCAAAAGUGUCAACGAACCGGGAAAUAUGUCUUUUGUGAAGGAGACGGUGGAUAAACUCCUGAAAGGGUACGACAUUCGACUGAGGCCAGACUUUGGAGGGGCCCCAGUAGCAGUAGGGAUGAGCAUAGACGUGGCCAGCAUAGACAUGGUGUCUGAAGUGAACAUGGACUAUACAUUGACGAUGUAUUUCCAACAAUACUGGCGAGACAAACGUCUCGCCUAUGUUGGAAUACCGCUCAACCUGACCUUGGAUAAUAGAGUAGCAGACCAGCUCUGGGUGCCAGACACCUAUUUCCUCAAUGACAAGAAGUCAUUUGUUCACGGAGUUACCGUCAAAAACCGCAUGAUCCGUCUUCAUCCGGAUGGAACCGUUCUUUAUGGCCUAAGGAUAACUACGACAGCAGCAUGCAUGAUGGAUCUCAGAAGGUAUCCCCUGGAUGAACAGAACUGCACUCUGGAGAUAGAGAGCUAUGGCUACACCACAGACGACAUCGAGUUCUACUGGAAAGGGGGCGAGUCGGCUGUCACGGGUGUGACGCGUAUCGAGCUGCCACAGUUUUCCAUUGUUGAUUACAAGUUGGUGUCCAGAAAUGUUGUGUUUUCCACAGGUGCCUACCCCCGGCUUUCUCUGAGCUUUAAACUCAAGAGGAACAUCGGCUAUUUCAUUCUCCAGACGUACAUGCCGUCCAUCCUGAUUACCAUUCUCUCCUGGGUAUCCUUCUGGAUAAACUACGACGCCUCGGCGGCCAGGGUGGCUCUAGGAAUCACUACCGUGCUGACCAUGACUACCAUCAACACCCACUUGAGAGAGACACUGCCCAAGAUACCCUACGUGAAGGCCAUCGACAUGUACCUGAUGGGCUGCUUCGUGAUGGUCUUCCUUGCCCUUUUGGAGUACGCCUUUGUCAACUACAUCUUCUUUGGGAGAGGUCCUCAGAUGCAAAAAAAGCUGGCAGAGAAGGCGGAGAAAGCCAACAAUGAGAGGGCAGCCAAGUAUGAUGCUGCAAGGGAACUCGUGGAGGGAGGAAAUCUUAGGGCUGCAUCUCUAAAACGGUCCAAUCAGAUUAGAGGCCUUCGCCACUCACGCUCGGCGGAACCGGGCCACGGGAACAUUCUACUGACCACCUUGGAGAUCCAUAACGAAGUGGCGGGAGGGGAAAUCACCACCAGCGUGGCGGAUAUCAGAAACUCUCAGUCCAUGGUGCAACUGGACAGCACGGCUUCGUCGCACAUUCAGUAUCGCAAGCAGAGCGGCGGAGUCGGUCCGCGUUCGGCCAGCCGCCACUCCCUAGAUCGGUCGGCUCAGAUGAAACGCAGCCGACUGAGGAGGCGGUCCUCGCAGCUGAGAAUCAAAAUCCCCGACCUGACCGACGUGAACGCCAUUGAUCGUUGGUCGCGGAUCAUCUUCCCUUCCGUUUUCUCCUUUUUUAAUCUUAUCUACUGGCUCUAUUAUGUCUGA